UGAUAAUUCCGGGUGACGUCGAGAGCCUUGCGCAGCCGCAGCCCGGGAGGAGAAGAUGGUGCUUAUCAAGGAAUACCGUGUGAUCCUACCGAUCUCUGUGCAAGAGUACCAAGUUGGUCAGCUGUUCACUGUAGCAGAGGCCAGUAAGAAUGAGACGGGGGGAGGAGAGGGCAUCGAGGUGCUGAUAAAUGAACCCUACGAGGACGAGGGAGAGAAGGGACAGUACACACACAAAGUCUACCAUCUAAAGAGUAAAGUCCCAGGCUGGUUGAGGUAUAUCGCACCAGAGGGAGCGUUAGUCUUCCAUGAAAAAGCCUGGAAUGCAUACCCAUACUGUCGCACCGUUAUAACGAACGAGUAUAUGAAAGAUGACUUCCUGAUAAAGAUUGAGACGUGGCACAAACCUGACAUGGGAACGCUAGAAAACGUGCAUGACUUGGAUGGUCCUACAUGGAAGACAGUGGAAGUGGUCCCCAUUGAUAUCGCAGACAAAGAUGUGGUGGCCCAUGGGGACUAUAAACCAGAGGAGGACCCUGCUCUGUUCAAAUCUACAAAGACAGGCAGAGGACCACUCUCACCUGAAUGGAAGAACGAUCUGAUGAACAAGACCGACUGUCCUAAGAUGUGUGCCUACAAACUGGUCACUGUCAAGUUCAAGUGGUGGGGCCUGCAGACCAAAGUAGAGAACUUCAUCCACAAGCAAGAGAAGCGUAUUUUCACUAACUUCCAUCGCCAGUUGUUCUGUUGGAUCGACAACUGGGUGGAGCUGACCAUGGCGGACAUCCGACGAAUGGAGGAGGAGACCAAGAAAGAGCUGGAAGAGAUGCGUGAGAAGGGCACCGUGCGAGGAACCUCGGCAACCUCGGAAGAGUAGCCCCGCCCCUGUAGGUCAAAGGUCAGAGGCAGGCUGACUGCGUAAGUCAGGUCAGGUUCGAGGCAUGAGUGCGGCUCACGAGCAGUGAGGUUGACCAACAAAACCCUUUCAUGAUGAUGAUGUCACCAUGCCCACAGAGAAGAGGAAGUCUCUGCUCUACUUCCUGUCUCCCAUGAUUCAUAGGGGGGUUUGUCCUGAUUGGUCAAUAUUAUUGUACUGACCCGCAAUCACAUGCCUCCUAUUUACACAGAAAAACAAAAAGCGGUUUCGCAUUUUAAAGAAGAUUUAAAAAAUUUAAACUCUUUGCACAGAAGGUAAAUUAAAUUGCCUGUAAAUGUAAUUGUUAGUUCAUUAUAAGAUGGGCUUUGUUUGUAUCCAGAGACACAGAAAGCCAAGCCUUUUAAACAGAUAAGAAUGUUAUUUGUUAUAUUACAGUUCUUGGUAUGUUAUAAUUUCCCCAAAAAUUGGAAUAAGAUAAUUCAUUAACAGGUAUUGGACCAAUUUUGUUUUUGUUUUCUCAUGUAUUUUGUUCCCUGUUUUAUGAUACUGUAUCUGUCAUUCUGCCAUGGCUCUGGUUGGUUUCAUACUUGUUUCUUCCCCCUCCUGAGACUAAGGUCCGUAUAAACCCUUAUCCGAGUUGUAGUGGUGUGCAAACUUGAAAUGCGUCCAAAAUGCACCCUAUUCCAUAAAGUGCACUACUUCUGGCCAGAGCGCUAGAUCUGAAUAUGGUGCCAUUUGGGAUGUAGAUUAAGCACUUAAACCCCUGGUCUCUGUCCUGUCUGUCUGACCGGUGGCUGGGGGACAGUUGUUGAUUUGAUUUGACCCAUGUCUGUGGCUAUUGCUCAUAGAACAUGUGAUGUUUCUGCAUGGCUUGAUUAUCCUUUGCUACCUUACAAUAUAAGCCAGUCUCUCAUUCACUCACACACACACACGUGAGUACAUGUGUACAACUGCAACCCACAGUGACUGGCAGUGCAUGUGCGUUCAGAUGUCUCCCUACUCUGACAUUAGGGAGAGUGUGUCCAAACGAGAGAGGGUUAGGAUCCUCAGUGGACACAACUAUGUCUACAUAUGUAGUUGUGUAUGCGUGUGUGUGUUUAGGAUGCUGCUUCUGAGUGGUUUUGGCACAGCUAUGCUUCUCGCUACUACCUGAUCGAGCCUGUUGUAAACUAUCCUUGCGCUGUGGCUGCACCCCUUUCCUGUAAACUAGGGCUUCAAUACCAGGGCUGGGGGCCGGGUCUACUUCAACUCAGUCCUUUUAAGGACGUCAACCAGAAAUUCCAAUUUAAACAUGUCAUUUCUUGGAUUGGACUUUCAAUGGUUUUCCUGAAUGGACUCAAUUGAAAUGGAAUUGACCUCUGGUUUUAACAAGAGGUCUGGGCUGUCCCAGGGCAACCUAGCUUCUAUUUUACUAUAACUGAUGAUGAAGAGUGAGUGUGUAUACUGUAAAGGGUUUUGUAAAUCCUCUUGGGCAAUUGUAGUUCUAUUUGUCGUGCUGUUCUACUGUCCUCCCUCCUCUCACCGCUGUCCCAGGCAGCAAACAUCUGUCUAACAGAUAAGGGUUGUGAUCGAGUGGUUUGGCAUACUUAUACGAUUCUUGUAUGUGUUUGUUGUUGCAUUGCUGUCCUUUUGAUCAUGUAUGUUGUCGUCAUUUCCCUUUUUAAUGUGUUAAGGUUUUAAACAUUUCCUACAUUUUUGGCCCCAAGAGUGCCGCUAGAUCAGCUGUAUCUAGUACCUCCUUCAUACCCCUUUACUUUCUGCCUACUUGGGGUCACGUCGCGUGUUAAUGACAUUGGGGCGAGAGCUAGACUUUGGUGGCGGGUUUUUAAAUACUUUGAAGUAUUUGAUAGAUGAUACCCAGGUCUGCUACACCGUUACCUGUAGGAGGAACAGAAAGACAUGGCAUGUGGUACUACCAGGCUAGUUCUACUACUGUAGUGUUGACUGUCCUUUUAUUUCCUAUUGAUGAUUAUACAACAUGGUCAGGUCUACUGUAGACGACCUCCUGUCUGUCUCACAGUACUGUAAUUAUAUACAGCAGGGCGCUGGCUCAAAUGGCACCCUGUUCCCUAUGUAGUGCACUACUUUUCGCAGCACAAUACCGUAAAUAGGGUAUAAUACUCUUGGCCAGCUUGAUUUCAGAUCAGUGUGCUGUUCAGACUGCUUCAAAAGAUUAGUUUUUUUCCUGCUAAUGGCUAAGGUUAGGAUUGGAGAAUAGUCUUAUCCUAGAUCUGUGACUGUGGUAAUUUAUAAUCCGCCCCCAUGGCUUUCAUCAAUACUGUAGUUUGUAUUACCUCCGUGAAUGUACAGUCAAUGUGUCUGAGAUAAUGAAUGUCUCUUAAGUAUGCAAAGACAAUAUUUUAGUGCAGAAACAUUUACAGUAAAACAUUCUCCAUUGGCGCAAUCCAGACCAUGUAACUACCUGCUGCAGCAUUAACAGAUAAGGAUAUAUAAGUAUCUCUAUUUAAACUAACUGAAGAUUAUGAUAUUAUUCCCAUUAUGAUAUUGUUUUAGAUUUUGAUCUCCAGGGUCAUGAACCCUUGGAGUGAGACACUAUUAAGUGAAACGGAGAAGUUCUAUAUUAUUUUUUUCUUUGGCCAUUGUAUUGUUUCUCCUUUAUUUAAUGUUUUGUCUUUUAGAUUUUAGCCAUUCCUGUUGGAUCAUUGUCUAUUGGGUCGAAUGUGACCCAUAUUUGUCGCAAAUGAUGUGGGUUAGUGUUUAUAGAAAUACCAGUAAUGUCAACCAGGGUAUGACUGUGAGGGGAGGGGUUAGAGAGGCCUAGUGCAGUGUCUCUCAAUCCAUUCCUGGCAGGGGGUGCGCACAUUUAUGUUCUAUCCCAGCACGAACACCUGAUUCAACUACUUAUCGCCAAGCCACUGAUUAGUUUAAUCAGGUGCGUUAGUGCUGGGCUGGAACAAACACGUGCACCUCUGUGGAUCCUCCCAGGAAUGAAUUGAGAAACACUGGCCUUAGGGCUCUAUUCAAUCCGUAUCGUGGAAGUUCAGCAUUACGGCAAGAUUUGAAAUUUAAAGGCAAUGUUCCCGUGUUAGCAGAGACUGCAUUUAUGGUAAACACUGCAUAUGUCGGCUCAAUUGAAAAUUACCUUUAGAUUUCUAUCAAGGAAUAUGUAACGCUUCAGCGAUAGAUUGAAUAGGGCCUUAGAGACAGUCCAUAACAUACUGUAUCGGUCUCAUCAUCAUGACCAAGCACUUGCAAAAUCUACUGUUCAUUUCCCUUGAAAUAAAAAAAUAUUUUCUGAUCAUAAGGUAAAAUUCAUGGGAAUUUAGUAGUGAAUGUAAAAUGUUAAUAUUUUGUUUCACAGCUGCUGAGCUGUGGCAAGGUCUAGACAAUGGAAUUUAACAGAAUAUCUAAUAAAAUUUGAACAAAACUCCA